AUGGUGCCUUCGAGCGCCGGCGAGUCCCCGCACCAGCUGCUGGGCCGGCUGCGCUUCCUGAGCGAGGCCAUCGACUGCCUGAGCCGGGCGGAACCGCUGCCGGCCGCCCUGUGCUACGUGCCCCGCGAGGUGCAGUAUAAGAUCUGCAAGGACCCCAGCGGGCCCGGCCUCGCCUCGGCUUCGGGCCGGACGUUGCUGUCGGUGUGGGAGAGCCCGAACACGGCCGGCGCCGGCGCCGGGGUAGGGGUAGGGUCGGGUUCCGCCGGCAGCAGGAAGGGUCCCGGCAGGGCCACCAUCGAGCUGCGCAAGGGAUCGUGCAUUCGAGCCAGCGGCGAGGAAUACUGCAACGGGCACGGGCUCUGGGUGAAGCUCACCAAGGAGCAGCUAGAGGAAUACAAGACCAGCUGUGACCUGGAAGAAGGCUGGGUUCUCAUGUGUAAGCAUGCAGAAGGUGGGGACAGAUUGGUACCAGUGGAAUCAAUGGAGAGAAUCCAGAGGCAGCAGCAACUGUUUGGGAUGGACUACAAGCCUGUCUUCAGAUGGGAGCAAGUGGUAGACAUAACAUAUUCCCUACGUCUUGGGGCAAAGCCAAAAAUCAUGGAGCCAGAUGUUGCUGCAGUGGAGAGACUCCGGUUUGUUCCCCCUACAUGGAGCUAUGAGUGUGAUGAGGACCUGGUGCAUUUCCUUUAUGACCACAUUGGCAAAGAGGAUGAAAAUCUUGGCAGCAUAAAGCAAUAUGUGGAUAGCAUUGAUGUCUCUUCCUACACGGAAGAAUUCAAUAUUUCGUGCCUGACAGACAACCAUGCAGACACUUACUGGGAGAGUGAUGGGUCCCAAGGUCAGCACUGGGUCCGUCUCAACAUGAAGAAAGGAACCAUUAUCAAGAAACUCUUCCUGACAGUAGAUACGACAGAUGAGAAUUUCAUGCCCAAGAGGGUGGCUGUAUACGGUGGUGAGGGUGACAAUCUGAAGAAGCUGAGUGACGUGGGCAUAGAUGAGAGCUACAUCGGGGAUGUUUGUGUGCUGGAAGACAUGACUGCUCACUUGCCUGUCAUUGAAAUCCGCAUUGUGGAAUGCAGAGAUGAUGGAAUUGAUGUCCGACUCCGGGGUAUAAAGAUUAAAUCUUCUCGACAGAGGGAGCUGGGGCUCAAUGCAGACAUGUUUCAGCCAGCCAAUCUGGUGAGGUAUCCUCGCCUGGAAGGGAGAGAUCCUGAUGUGCUCUACCGGCGUGCUGUGGUCAUCCAGAGGUUUAUCAAGAUCCUGGACAGUGUUUUGCAUCAUCUUGUUCCAGCAUGGGACUACACGCUGGGCACCUUCAGUAAGCUCAAGCACAUCAAACAGUUCCUGUUGCUGUCCAAGCGGCGCACCAUGCUAAUCACUCUGUGCCUCAAAGACUCAGAGACUAGCAAGCCCAACUUCAUGCCACGGCUUUAUAUCAAUCGGCGGCUGGCCAUGGAGCAUCGUGACAAUCCAACGCUGGACCCCAGCUGCAAAAACACUGUCUUCACUCAGGUGUAUGAGGGCUUGAAACCUUCUGAGAAGUAUGAGAAGCCACUGGAUUAUAGGUGGCCGCUGCGUUACGAUCAGUGGUGGGAGUGUAAAUUCAUCUCUGAGGGCAUAAUUGAUCAAGGUGGUGGCUUCCGGGAUAGCAUUGCUGAUAUAUCUGAAGAGUUGUGUCCUAGUUCAGCUGAUACCCCUGUGCCGCUGCCAUUUUUUGUCCGCACUUGCAAUCAGGGCAGUGGUACUGGAGAAGCCCGGGAUAUGUAUGUCCCCAACCCAUCUUGUAAGGAGUUUGCCAAAUAUGAGUGGAUUGGACAAAUCAUGGGUGCAGCACUACGUGGCAAAGAAUUCCUGGUCUUGGCCCUCCCUGGCUUUGUCUGGAAGCAACUGACCGGGGAGGAAGUGAGUUGGAAUAAGGACUUCCCUGCUAUUGAUUCUGUGUUGGUGAAACUUCUGGAGAUGAUGGAAGGAAUGGACAAAGAGACGUUUGAGUUCAAGUUUGGGAAUGAACUGACCUAUACUACAGUGCUGAGUGACCAGUGCAUGGUGGAGCUUAUCCCCGGUGGCAGUCGCACUGCGGUGCGGUAUGAGGACCGCCAGGAUUUCAUCCGGCUGGUACAGAAGGCACGGCUAAAUGAGAACAAGGAGCAGAUUGCAGCCAUGCAAGCUGGACUUCUCAAGGUAGUGCCUCAAGCUGUUUUGGACUUGCUCACGUGGCAGGAGCUAGAGAAGAAGGUCUGUGGUGACCCCGAAGUUACAGUUGAAGCCUUGAAGAAGCUCACUCGCUUUGAGGAUUUUGAACCAUCAGACACCAGGAUUCAGUAUUUCUGGGAGGCCUUGAACAACUUUACUAAUGAGGAUCGCAGUCGUUUCCUUAGGUUUGUUACUGGCAGAAGCCGGCUUCCUGCUCGCAUUUGUAUCUAUCCUGACAAAUUAGGGUCUGAGGCAACUGAUGCACUUCCUGAAUCAUCCACCUGUUCCAGUACACUUUUUUUGCCCAAAUAUGCAUCUGCCAAGGUGUGUGAAGAAAAAUUGCGAUACGCAGCUUAUAACUGUGUGGCCAUCGAUACAGAUAUGAGCCCAUGGGAGGAGUGACAUUACCUAGGGCUCUAGUGAAACAGGCCUUCUGCCUCUUGUGGUUGCUAUAUGCAGUAAUCUCUUUUGAUCUGAUCAUCAUGUCUCAAACUCCAGAAAGCGUGUAUGUGUGUGUAGAUAUAUAUAUGUAUAAUAAUAAUAAAUUACCAAAUAUAAAA